AUGUGCCUGUGUUUGUACUUCACUUGCUACAAAUUACGAUAUUACAUGUUGCCGGUAGUGGUGUACGUACUAUCCCAUACCGAUAUCAUUAAGUAUAUUCUAUCGAAACCAUACUUAAGAAAUCACAUUGGGAAGUGGGCGAUCGCCAUGUCCGAAUUCACAUUAGUUUACGUUCCCCAGAGAGCAGUAAAAGGACAAGUUUUGGCCGAUUUCCUCGUCGAUCAUCCUAUAAUUACCCUUAGGGAGGAAACAAUUAGCUGCUGCGACAUAUUUGAGUGUACUAAAAAUCAAGCAGAAUACAAAGCCCUGAUAUUCGGCCUCGAAAUUUUGGCCGCGCUGGGGGCAAAGUCAAUCAACGUUAGACGCGAUUCAUUGUUGGUCAUCAAACAAGUGAUAUGGGAAUUCAAGUGCGAGUCUGAACUAUUGGUGAGGUAUUGCAACAAGGUGAAGCACCUGAUCGAAGGCUUUCAGGAUACAAGGAUAGAAUAUACCGAGAGGGCCGAUAAUAUUGUCGCGAAUGAUCUGGCUCAACACGGCAGCGGAUACAAGAUGAAUCACCAGUUCGACGCAAUUGAAAGAGAAACGCCGAAUCUCCAUACUGGGGGCAUCACCAUCGAUGAAAGGAAAUUUUCGGUCUACCUAAUCGAUGUCACCCAAGAUUGGAGGACUGAAAUGUUGAAGUGGUUCGAGAUUCCAGACCAUACGAAUAGGAGGUUGAGGACCUUGGCCCAAAACUACGUCGUCCUAGCGGGCGAGCUAUACAAAAAGGGUAUUGAAGGGCUACUCUUCAGAUGCAUCGGCCCAAAGGAAGCAAUGCUAGCAAUGGCCGAAGUACAUGAAGGGAUAGCUGGUGCUCACCAGGCAGGCCCCAGGAUGAAAUGGUUGAUCCAUAAAUACGGCUUCUAUUUGCCGAAAAUAGAACAAGACUGCAUAAGAUAUGCUAAGGGGUGCGAAGCCUGUCAGAAAUGCGGUCCGAUACAGCACGUCCCGGCCGAAGAACUCCACUCCAUCAUUAAACCGUGGCCAUUUAGGGGAUGGGCGGUCGACCUCAUAGGAAAGAUAUAUCUUGGCUCGACAGAUGGCCAUACUUUCGUCAUUAUUGCCACUUGCUACUUAACCAAAUGGGUCGAAGCAAAGCCCCUAAAAUCACCCACGCAAGAAGCUGUGAUUAAGUUUUUUAAAGAAUACACCGUUCAUCGACAUGGGUUGCCUGAAUCAAUAACCACAGAUCAAGGGAUGAUGUUCACAGGAGGCGAUAUAGGUUGGUGGGCUUCUCAGAUGAAGAUUAAAAUGCUUCACUCAACACCAUAUUAUGCGCAAGCCAACAGACAGGCCAAAGUGACGAACAAAACUAUUAAACUUAUCAUUCAGAAGAUGAUUGGAGAAAACCCAAGACAAUGGCACGCUUUGUUGUCAGAAGCAGUUUGGGCGAAUAGGACCAGCCAAAAGUCGGCCACAUGA